GUGUACUGUGUGGUCUCAUCAGUUUCUAUCUUGGAAGACAUUAUGUAUGCAUAUGUGCGCUACAUAGAAAACGAUGUCCCGGCAAUCUUACCGGUAUCGCUUAUAAGAAAUUUUCACCCUAAGAGUUGCGAUGACUACGACACAACGAGUGUGAAGAAGGCAUUCUGGGAGUCGAAGAGCGGCCAAGAUAAGAAUUACAAUGCGAGGGUCUUGCUACUGGGAGAAUCAGAAAAAGACCUCAUUGUGGAAAUGGCUAGCAGGCGAAUGGCGAUUCCCGACAUAAUAGAGGGGGGUUCAGACGCAGCUUCAAAUGACGCAGUGGACGAGGUCCCACUGAAGGAGCCCAGACAUCAAAGGGAAAAGAAGAAAGAGGCUCAGACGAAACAGCUGGAACAAAUACUCAAAAAACAGAACCAGGAAGACUCAGGAAGCAGUGAUGAAAGUUGAUGGAACUCAUACCAAGGAAGAAGUUGCUUGUUGAAAGACAGAAACGGAGGGACGUAGAAGAACAAAACUGCAAUCUUCGGAAAGAGCUUCUAACUGAGAUAGAACUAUGCAGGCAAUUACAGGUUGCGGUACUGGAAAAAUUUGGUAUUCAGAACAGGUCAUCGUGUCCCCGAAUACACCUCUCCAGGGCCCUCUGACACAGCUCAGUUC